AUGAGUAUCCUAGCUGAAGUCAGUGGGAAAUGCUGUUCAUCAUUUUUGGAGGGCAACAGGUGGAAGAGCUGUGGCAAUGGCAGCUUAGAAAGGAUUGUGUUCACUUGCACUCGUCAAAGUUUUUCUGCAAGAGCGAAACCAUUACCUCCCCAUUACUUAAAGCGUGCAGAGAAUUUGGACUGCACACCAUUCAUCGAGACCGAAAACCUAAUCUCUGCUCAGAUCAUGUGGUUGAAUCAAGGUUUAGAAUGUGCUGUGGAGAUGGAGUUAAAUUAUUCCAAGUUAUAUGGCAAUAACCUUGACUAUGAGAGCCAAGAACAACAGAAACUGAUUCUGAAGGAUCUCUGUACUUCAACAAUUCAUUUUUCAGAGACCAGCUGUAAGAAUGCCUCUUCCUUUUCAGUGGCCCUCUUGGCAAUUGUCUGGGCCUUUAACACCAGUGGAAUUCUGCUCAGUUUUUUCUUAAUUGUCUUCACAAUUCGCUUCAGAAAAAAUAGCAGUUCUAUACAUUUUAGUGUGUUCAGGAUCUGCAGUAAACAUGACUUGGGACUCCUUGUUGUCACUCGUGAGAGUGAAGUCAAACCUAUCAAACACAACGAGAGGGCAAUAAAUGGGCCUUGGAUUGUGAAAAUGUCUAGUCCAAACUUGAAUGUUGUGACUCUCCUGGGGAGUGGCUUGACUUACGGUACUGUAUAUCUCUUUGGGAUUGAAAAACAGAAUCCUUUGAGCAGACCAUCCUUAGAGAUGCUGAUUCAAGUGAGAAUUUGUAUAUUAUACAUAAGUGGUUCCUUUGCUUUGGGCCCUGUCCUGGGAAAGAGUUGGCGUUUAUACAGAGUAUUCACUCAAAAGGUUCCAGACAAAAGAGUGAUUAUCAAAGAUUUUCAGCUGCUGGUGAUGUUAUCACUGUUAGUUCUGGCUGAUAUUAUCCUGCUCUUAAUAUGGAUCUCCUUGGACCCAGUCCAGUGUCUCCAAAAUCUUAAUGUAGAUGUGAAGGGAAUCCUACUGAUGUAUGGAAUUUAUCUUGCGGGUCUAACAGAUAAUCUCAGUUGCCCACCAAUUAACCAGUCCCUGACACUCAUAAGUGCGGUAGCCAUUAUUUUCCUCUUUAUUGGAAUUAUGCUGGUGGUCAAUAAUUUUUUCUACUUGUGGCACAAUCUGGUAUAUGGAUUAACUUCAGGAGGAAUCUUUGUCUGUAUGACUUCAAUAAAUUGUUUGAUCUUUAUCCCACAGAUCAGACAGUGGAAGACUUUUGAAAAACAAGAAAUUGAUACCAGCAACAUGGCCAAAUAUUUUACAGGUUCCAACAAAAAUUUCCACUCCACAAUGUAUAGUGAUGAAGAGAUAUACCAACUGCUUGGGGAAAAAAAUACCAUGAUACAGCAGCUUGCAGAGGUAGGAAAUAUUUACAUAAUUAGUAAAAAGAAUGAAAAUACAGCAUCUCAUCACUGUGCAACCAUUCUCACAUGCUAUAUGAACAUAAUUAUAAUAUAGAAUAAAAACUGAGCUCCAGAUCUGAAA